AUGCUCUUCAGUUCUCUUUUUUGGUUCUUAUUUUUCACCAAUACAAUCCCUCAGGAUUUGGUUUUUUCUCAGCUUCAUCGUGUCGCAGCCGUUCAUCUAGCCUGGCUAUCGGGAUACUUCGACGCCCAUAAUUCAGGAAUAGAUGAGGAUGACAUCGAUAAUUUUAUUGGUAGGGAUGAGAUCGGUGAUAUGAACUGGUCACGUCGGAGAGUUGAUACUGCUUUUAUUGAGGGGUAUAAAGCUGACCUCAUAUGCCCUCGAAAGGCCACGAAGCAGAGGCGCAUAGAAAUGCUGGCUCACAGAUAUCUGCAUGAUGAGAUGAGUCCUAUACAGCCUGUUAUCGAUCUUAUCAUGUAA